AUGGUUUUCCUGCAUCCGCGACAAAAUGGCGGCCGAAGGUUAAAAAAAUAUUUUGUUUUGGUUCGCCUUUUGGUCGCUUUUGUCCUUGUUCUGAUGAUGAACGUGAGGCUAUGGGUGCGAUCGGAACCAUUCGAUGUCAGUACAAUCCAAAUGCCACCUCCAGCCAAGCUUACGUUAUCGAACUUGCAAAAACUAAACACCUAUGCUAAAUCUAAGGGUGAUGUUGGAUACCCUAGAUUAAGUUAUCCAGUGUGGAAACAUGUUGCCUGCGAUAAGUUCAAGAUUUCCGAAGAACUGGCAUGGAUGUAUUUUGCGACGUUUGACAUGGUCUCGGAAGAAAGCCGUACAACUCAACUAGAAUGGAAGGAAGCAAUUGCUAAAUGUACAACUGAACAUGAGAUAGAACACAUGAAGGCAGACAUAUCAGUUGAUAUGGUUCAGUUUACAUUGUUUCUCUACAUUCAACAAGUUCAUAAAAUUUCGCUUAGAGAAAGCCUAGUGGGUGGGGAAGAAUGGCCAACAAAAAACAGGUCGCCCGUCGACUUAGAACGUAAGGGAAUGAUUGGAUCCAAGAGUCUUGAUGAACACGGUCAGCUGAUGUUUGUGUUGAAUCAUUUGGAAGAUAUUUUAGAGCUGGUCACCGAACCAGACUCAUAUUCCUCAAGUCUCGGAGGCGUUGGUAGCGACCCUACAUUAACAGAUGAAGCUGUGCAUGCCUUGGGAUUCUUAAUUGCUGGAUCUGUAGAUAAAAGGUCUGUUACUGACUUCAGGGAACUCGCUGUGAUCUCUUCCAAUGGCGAUGGUUACUCCAAGCUUUCAAGAACAUGGUCAUUUCGGUAUUUAAAAGGCUGGAUCCGAUCCAACCUGGGUGUGAGUCCUUUUGGGGUGUCUGCCUGUUUGAUUUCUAAUGGUUUGAAAGCGCGAAGUUCAAAUCAUGAUAGCAAUGGUCAUGGGAAGACUGACAUUUUAGACUUGAGUCAAAGUCUAGAGGAAGAAAGCUCAAGGUUGAAUGCUCAGGGUGGAACAGUGGGUGGACGGAUUAUAAAGAAUACGAGAUAUGCCCCACCCAGGAAUCGCCUGGUAAUAAUGUAUCAGAUUUGUAAACAAACUGUUGGAAAGGCGGGCGAUCACUUAAUAGAUGUUAACAUCAAAGUCCACAGAUGUCAUUAUUCAUAUAUUUACCUUCUUGCUCCCGUUUGGUCAGUGACAUUAGAGAAGUGUCAUAACUCAACGAUAGUGCUGGGAACUGUGCGGACGACAGUUAACGUCAUUGGCUGCGAAAAUGUCACCGUGAUUGUCAUGUGUAACAGACUAACAGUAAGCGGUUGCAGUGACUGUAUAUUUCAUGUAUGUACAAUGACACGUCCUCUGUUGUUCGGAGGUACUGGAAACGAGAACCUCACAUUCGCGCCAUAUUACACUCAUUAUCCGAUGCUGGAGAGUCACAUGACAAUGUCCGGUCUCACGGCGAAAAUCAACGAAUGGAAUAACCCUCUGCUUCUGGGCCACGAUGAUGAGAGUCACGUAUUUAAAGAAAUGGAUCCAAAUACAUUUUUUACCUUCUCUAUCCCUUUCGACAUGAAGGGUAAGACAAAGAGAUGUCCUGUGCCACUACCAGAAGCAUACGAUCUGGCAAUCCACUUACGGGAGAAACAGGUCGAUGACUGGCACCAGUUUGUGCGAGAGUCGAAGUUGGGAAAACCACAACGAAAGCAAUUACAGGCCGCAGUACAACAGCGCUUUCAGGAAUGGCUGUCAGACUCAGGAAAUGCUCACCAGUUAGAAGGGCUGAUUCCUUCCGCUUCAUAUUCAAGAUAACCGCGCGUACGAACCUCUAACCCUUGACAUUAUUUCAUCCAAGUACGACCUAAAUUAUUCCAGUUUAUUAAAAGUCAUGUUGACGAUUAUCGCAUCCAAGAAUCAGGUAGUAUUUCUCUUGAGAAAAUUUGUACAGAAUAUUUUCAUUUGAAUUAAAGCGGUGUUGCACUAUGCAACUUUCCUUGCAACUUGCAAUGCAAUUCUACUCCUGAGGCAUCUAAAGUUGUCAAAUAUGAACAUUUCUUACGAUCUGCUGACGUUUUCUUAUCAUAUCGAACACUCUUCACAAAUUAACUUCCCUCAAAAUUAUAACUGCAUCGCAAGUUGCAAAGGAGGAAAUUGCACCUGUUUUCCACUUCAGUCGUAACGUAACGUUGCGUAUUUCUUUGUUUCCGAAGUAUUCGACCAGAACUAAUGACUUUAAAACAAUGAGAUACGCUACGUUUCGCUACGAUACACUUGAAGUGGAAAACGGCCUUAACAGCGCCUUUAGGAGAUUUGAAUCCUCGCUUUUUAUGACAUCAGUUCACCGUGUGUACAGGCAUAUGCACUCUGUAAUUUAUGUAUAUGAUGUAUAGAUGUACUUCGAAUGUACAGUUCAACUAACAUUUAUGAUAUAAAUAAUAACAAUGUAUACAGAACUAAGUUUUAAUUUAAGAAAAACGCGAUUAAGUCGACAAAGUAAAACAUUCAUAUACUGAUAUACAACUCUGUGAAACAUUCAACAUUUGCGACCAUCGUGGUAUAUCGUUUGGAGUUAAACUCGAUGAAUAUAGCUUUCGACAAAGCCCAGUAAUUUUAGAACGCUUCAGACAGCAGAUAUAAAGCAACCAUCAAUGGCGCGUGUGAUCCACGUGUGCUCGUUAGGGGUGGGGGGUGGUUGCACGUUAGGGGGUGGUUGUUGUAUGCGGCUAUAUAUAGCCGUCUUCCCCCCGAAUUCUUUAAGUGCGGUGAAUAAUUCCUGGCAUUUUAAUGAAAAUCGACAGAAUUAAGCCUUGUGCAUGCAUAUGAGUCUCUGACCUUUAUACGUUAUUAAAAUAGCGCCACGCACAAGAACAAGACUUGAAAAAAUCAGGAACUAUUAUCAGGAAUUUCGUAGAACGAUAUCUCGUUAUCUCGUUAUCGGUAAAUUGUCGAACAUAACACAGAGAGAUAAUGUGCAAACCUUAUCUCUCUCUCCACAAAACCUGAUGCCUUAAAAUAAUUUUUAUCUCGUGUCUGUUAAUGUGAGUUGAGCUGAAACCCACGUAACGGGUUAUAUCUGAUUUGGCAAAUGCGUGUAGAUUAUGAAGAUUAAAUGACGCAAAACAUACGCAAAGUCUGUUACACUUGAAACCUUUCCUGCGAUUUUUGAUGCGAUUUUCUCCUUUUGAAUGAUGUAAAAGAGUUGUAGAGUUUCGGAUAUAUCGGUGAAGGCGGUUUUACAUCAGAGCAUUUGCUGUAACUUCGUAACAGCUAUUGUGCACUAUUGAUCGCCCACAAAGUAAUUUCUGCAAGUAUUUUUAAGGCACUUGAAAUUGAUUGCCUUUUCUGGAAAGCCAAGAUCUAUACAGAGUUUUUUUAACACCUUUCUUUAAUUAGUAACUCACAGAAACAUAUUUCUAUUUAAAUGGAGUAACCCAUUAUUCACAUUGUCAUCGCCGUAUUAAGUUGGGAUAUUUGCAUAAUAUAUAUUUUUUCAUUUCUUGAGAAAGAAUGAUAUAGUUGUGCUAUAAACAAUGUCAACCAUAUUUAUCAGAGCUCUUUUGAAUAGCAUAAUAAAUGGCAUAUAUGUAUAG